ACGUUCGGAUUCGAAAGGGAAGUCCAACUGCACCGAUUGGUGAACCUACUCGGAGAUUUAAGGGAUCCCAUUUCUGUCAUUCAAGUGCUAGGACUACCAGGAAUGGGAAAAACAAAAGUCGUGAAAAGCUUUGUGAAGCUAAAAAACGUACCAUUCGCGUAUGUAAACUGUUUAAUGGCUCUUUAUCAAUCAGGUAAGUCAGCAAAGAAUGUGAUUUAUCACACAAUUUUGAAAGAGCUCAGCACAAAUUUGUUACAUGAAUUUGAGGAAUACAAAAGUUCAAAUGGCUUCACAAAUUAUUCUCAUGAUCCGACCAAGUUAGUUCCCAACCAUGUGUCCAACACGGAUGUUUUUUUUAAUGUUCUUCAUAAGUUGUUGUCCUUUCGGCCCGAGGAUGGUAGGGGUGGUGGGGGGGAUCCAUCUCCUGGGAAGAAACGCCGUCAUGGAGGGAAGCAGCAAAGGCAAGGUGGCAGUGGAAACACAUCGGAGGAAUCAACCAACGGAAUGACAUCCACUAAGCACCACCUCCACAAAGACAAGCUGUACGACCGAUCAGUGGUGAUCAUCCUAGAUAAUGUACGGUACCUAGUGAGAACCCACCCGGAUUUAUUUUACGCUUUGACAAGAAUCCAUGAAUAUAUUCGAGGCCCAUAUAAUGAUAUGACUAAAGCGAACAAGACAACGAGAGGAUUGUGUAUCAUCCUAAUAAAUCGGUCCCCAUUGCCGGAUGAAAUUUUUGAUGGGUUGCCCCAACCUCCAACGGUGUGGUUUGACUCUUACACAGCAGAUAUGUGCAAAAAUAUUUUAUACCGACUUUACAACACCAUGUGUUUCGAAUCGCUGCUCACAUACAACGACAAGGAUUUGAAGAUCUACUGUGUGAAGGAAAAUAAAACGGAGUUUUUAAUAAAAAGGAACAACGUCAUCCUAGACAACGAAGUCAUUUGUGACAUCUGGUACAGAUAUGUGGACUACAUAAUUAAUGUGUCAUAUAAGGAUUACAAGAGUGACUUUCACGAGUUGCUUUUUAUAUGUGCGCACAUGUGGCCUCUGUUCAUAAAACCCAUCCUAGAGGGUACCUUAGAACCCAUCGUAGAAAAUAUGAACGCUCUCCAAAGGAAUAUAGACACACAUAUCCGAGUGGCUACGUACAACCAUGCUAGCCAUUUUACAUUCGAACUAAUUGAUUCCGUUUUUUUGAACGAAAAUAAUUUAAAAAAUAAAAUCGACUUAUCAUUCUAUUCAAGAGUUUUACUUGUAGGGGCAUAUUUAGCCUCGAGGAAUUUACCCCUAACGGAUAAACGCUUCUUCAAUGCCACUGUAAAGGGGGGUGCCUUUACCCUACCCAAGAAGAGAAAGGGCAGGAGUAAAAACGAAUCUAUUUUAACCUUAAUUGGUCAGGCUAUUCCAAAAAAUUUCACCUUCAUUCGAUGGAUAUGCUUAACAGACUGCCUCCUCGUGUGCUUCUUCAACGAGAAACUAACACUGAACAGCCUUAUCUGUCACCAAAUAAAUACCCUCAUUCAGCUGGGAUUUAUUAGCUUCUGUUGUGCAAAUAAUAUGUCUUGCUUGGUCCGCAACAGCUUGAUGAAUGGAGUGCAGUGGAGUGGAUACUGUGGCAGUGCGCUGCUUAACUCCACUAACAAUUUUUCCUCCCUCGGCAAUAACAUUUUUUCAGAGAGCGCAAACUCGGUUUCGUACGAGUCGCUUGACCCCUACACCAAGCUCGCCAUCCAGGUCCCCGAGGAAACCAUCCGCAGCAUCGCCAGGGACCUGAAGAUCCCCCUCGACGAGUUGAUUCUCUGA